AUGGCAGCAGUCACUGCUUUCUUCGAGAGAACUGAUCUCCACAAAACGGCGAAGCCGUACUCUUGGGAUGGCCCUGACGGGCAGUCGUUCCCCAAGUCGAAUUUCGUCAUGAAGGACAUGGAACUUAAUCUGACCGACAUACGAACGCUGCCAGAUUUCAAGCCUACUAUUGAGGAGAACGGCUUCUGUUUCCUCGAGAACAAGUCCAAAGAGCUCUCGAAAAUGACUGGAGCGGAUGACUGUAAACCUUACUUGGAAGAGAUGGCUCAAUUUUUUUUCGAGAUGCACGUUCGCAAGGAGGCCGCACGGGACACCUUCCUUUCGCCCACUUGGGUUGGGCUGGCUACGAUAAUCGUAAAUAGGGCCCCCAAUUGGCCCCUGCGCAGUCGGCUGUAUGCCGCGGUCGAAUUGGACUUCCAAUCCGACAGUAAGAGAAUCUUCAUUAUUUCGUCGGCACAUUGUUCGUUUCUACCGCUAAUUCGAAUUAUGGCUGCAGAUAAUACCGUGGCCAGUUCUUGGAGCAGAAUAUCGCUGUUCUUGACCGAGGAAGAACGGCAACGCGUUCUCUCAGGCCAGAGUCGGGCGAGAAUUAUCAAUAUUUGGCGCCCGAUGUUCAAUCAUGCCGAGGACAUUCCCUUCGCCGUGUGCGAUCCAAGGACUAACAUCGAUCUCGCCGAUGUUGUCUCGGUUGACCGCAUCACCCACGAAGCAGCCAAGGAAGUUGCCUACUUUUCCUGGAAUCCUGCCCACAGAUGGUACUGGAUGAGCAACCAGACCCCUGACGAGAUUGUUAUCAUGACACAGUACGACACCCACCCGCCAGGUGGCUUUUUCAACAUUGUACCCCAUGCUGCAUUUCGAAAUGGAGCGGCUCGGCCCGGCUGCCCAACGCGGUACAGUGUUGAGGCAAGAUUCAUUGUACUGGAGCCCGCGCCGUAUCAGAAGGAUGGGCCUGGUCCUAAUGGUCCAUUCCCAGAAGAAAGUCGACUUCAGCCGUGGAAGAAGUGGGUUACACCGCCUGAGCCGAAGGCUGUCCCAGCCCCCACCGCUGAUGCAAGGCCAAUGUACUUCUAA